AUGAAGUCUUUCGUACUUGCUUCUGUUUUUUUCUAUCUCGCUCCAUUUGCUUAUACGCGAAUAGAACUUGAAGAUUUAUAUUCUUAUGGACCCAGUAAUGGCGAUACAUCGGUACCUUCUAAUGAUGACGAAAGUUCUGGUCGUGUAAAUAUUGCAUUUUCCUUCCCUUUCUUCGACGAUGAACAUGACUCCCUGUUUGUCAAUACGAAUGGAGUGAUUUCUUUUCUCCGCGAAGUGUCACAGUACACACCUGAUCCAUUCCCUCUUGGAAAUAAUCAACGUAUUAUCGCCCCCUUUUGGGCUGAUGUUGAUACCGGAAAUGGUGGCAAUGUCUAUUACAGAGAAACGCAAGAGCUUGCUAUUCGAACGAGAGCCUCAGACGAAAUUAGAAAGCAUUUCGUUCGUCAAAGAAGCUUCACAGCAAAAUGGGUCCUGAUUGUUACUUGGCUGAAUGUAGCUCGCUAUGGAUCUCGAGCUCUGCGGAAUACAUUUCAGACGAUACUGGCAACAGAUGGUGUAAGCUCAUUUUCAAUAUUCUACUAUAACAAAAUUGAAUGGACUUUUGGGACUUUCAGCAACAGCAUUCCUGCCCAGGCUGGUUUUAAUGCGGGGGAUGGAUUUCGAUAUUUUAAUAUUCCAAACUCACGCACUCCUGCCAUUAUCAACAUCACAUCAACAUCAAACUAUGAAAUUCCUGGGAUGUGGAUCUUCCAAGUUGAUGGAGAAACAGUUAAAAAUACUGGCUGUGCGUUAGGAGGCGAUCUGGUACUUUCACCAAGGUCAGGGAUUGAAUUAGGAGGGACUGUUGUGUACAUUGGGGGGCCGUGUUACAAUUCCUCUAAAGAUGUCGCGUGUCGCUUUAACAAAAAUUUGGAGUCAGCAGCAGAGCUUAUCAGUCCAGAACAAGCAUAUUGCGUUACACCUCGGCUGAAUGUCACUGGACUUAUCCCUGUCGAAUUAUCUUUGGAUGGUGGCACCACAUACAAUUACAGUGGCAUUUUCAGAUCAAUUCCGAUCGGACGAAAUCCUCCAGAUAUCGAGGGGCUUGAAAUGAAGCAAUGGGUAAACUCAACAAAAACAGUUUUGACCUGGGAUCAAAAUGCCAUCAACGCAACCCACAUUGAUAUUGAAAUAUCCCAUUUUGAUUCUUUUGACUUCCGUCUUCACCAUGGAAGCUUGAAAACGUUUAAGAAAGUUCCAAACUCUGGCAGUUACGCGCUUGAUUUCAGUGAGAAAAGUCUUUCUAUGAAUGAAAGAGGGAGACGAAAACGAAGAAAUACAAAUGCGGGAUCCGACAUUGCAAUCGUCAGCAUAAAACCAUCGUUAGUGAGAAAGAAACGAUUCUUGAUCAAUGGAAAAAGUUUUAGGUGGAUUGUUUCACGAAUCUUUAGUUUGCCUUUUCUUCGUCAAGUGAAGUAUAUUUCGAAGGGGGCUAGUGAAGUCUACUGCAGAAUUUGGCAUGCAUUUCAAAACAGAGAUGAAAAUAAAAGAAUGCAAGAUGAGUUACCUCCAUGUCCUCCGCGAAAUCAACAGAUAUUAGUGGACGAUCGAUUUGAACUUGAUAAAGCAGAUUGUUUCCGCGAGAUUUUUCAUCCUGGAAGUACGUCUUGUUUCCGAUCAAGGGAGCCUAGUGCAUCAGGUGCUGGUCAACAAUGUUGUUAUAAAGGUGAUUCACUGUUGGUUGGACCUCCUGGUGGUGGUACAUUAGAUAUUGUAUCUCCAGAAAAGAGCCAAUUGGGUCACUUCAGCGAAGAUGUGCUACCUUGGUUAGCCUGCUGUGAACUUUCUUUUUUUGACAACUGUGGUAAAUACUAUGAUGGAAGACCAUCCGAUGAUGGUUCAAGAUUCAUACCUCAACCAACUGGCAUAACUGGUACCAGAGGUGAUCCUCAUUUAUCCACAUUUGACGGAACGUUCUACACAUUCAACGGUUAUGGUGAAUACGUCCUUCUCAAAGUCAACAAUGGCUUGGAUCUCGAGUUUCAAGGAAGAAUGGUACCCAUACUUGAUGACCAAGGACGAACAACAAGGGCGACAGCCCUCACAGCAUUUGUCAUCAAGGGAGCAACGAGUGAUACUGUGCAGUUCGAGUUUAACAGACGGCGCAGCAUAGACGUGUUAGUCAAUGGUGAGCGGGUCGAAUUUGAUGAACAAACAAGAUUAGACUUCACCGGAGUCUUCAUUGUUAAACAAAAUCAGACAAAAUUUGGUACAUACUUCACAUCAGGAGUAGCUAUUGUGGUCACAUCUGUAGAAGAUUUUCUUACUUAUCAAAUUUCAGUACCAUUAAGAUUCAAAGGAAAAACUGCUGGACUUCUUGGAUUUUGGAACGAUGACAAAGAUCUAGAAUUUUUAUUGCCUAAUGGCAGUUUCAUUGAUACAAAUUCAAGUUAUCGAACAAUUCACCAUGAGUUUGGCCAGAAAUGGAUUGUGGACAGAAACAAGACUCUUUUCGCGUACCAUGUCGGAAAAAGUUACGACAGUUUUUUUACUCCCAACUUCAUUCCGGUCUUUCUUGACGAAACAAACACCUUGUUUUCGAGUUUUACUUUGGAGCAAGAAGCAAGGAGUGUAUGCGGGGGAAAUGAGGAAUGCUUGUACGAUAUUGCUGUAACAGUUGCCAAGCGUAUUUUCUUUGGUUGUGAUGGAGUCGAGAACAGUGGGAAGAAAGUAGAUUUUUGUGGUGAUUGUGGAGGAGACAACUCAUCGUGCACUGAUUGUGAAGGUCGCAUAAGACCUGGCUUUCUUAACAAUGAAACAUGUGGUUCCUAUCUGCCCUGGAGCGAAUGGAGUGUUUGCAUCGGCGUAGAUGAAAAAGUAACAAGAGAGCGAAACCGAACAUGUUCGAAAAAAGGACAUUGUCGUCAUUUAGGUAACAGUAUACAACAAGAAAAAUGCAAGACUAGUGAGGAUGACGACGAUCGAAAAGCGUUAAAGUUCUAUGCAGCUGUUAUUGGUUUAAAGUUAUUUCCAGCAGAAUAG